CUUCCUGUUCUCGUCCUCCUCUUCAGUCGCAGCAGUACAUUGAGCAGAUUUGUUCAUCUCGUCUUGAAGACGAAAGGAGCACCCACUGUAGGUGGCAGGAGGGGUAGUGCCUGGGAAUACAAGUACUUUGAUUAAUAGAGCCAUGGCGAUUCUCACUGCCGGCGGCGAUGGCUCCGACGAGCUUUCGGUCGAGAUGCUGGGUGCCGGUCAAGAGGUCGGCAGAAGCUGCUGCGUCCUCAAGUACAAAGGCAAAGUCGUCGUGUGCGAUGCCGGCGUGCAUCCGGCCUUUCAAGGCAUAGCUGCGCUUCCGUUCAUUGAUGAGCUUGACUGGAGCACCGUCGAUGCGCUUCUGAUUACCCAUUUCCACCUUGAUCACGCCGCUAGCCUGACCUACAUCAUGGAGAAGACCAACUUCCGCGAUGGCAAGGGCAAGGUUUACAUGACGCACCCCACAAAGGCCGUCUAUCGCUUCCUCAUGUCGGACUUUGUGCGCAUGUCAAAUGCCGGCAACGACGACAAUUUGUUCGACGAGACAGAAAUGCUGGCCAGCUGGAGGCAGAUUGAGACGGUCGACUAUCAUCAGGAGGUUAGCGUCGGCGGUGGCUUUCGCUUCACGCCGUACCAUGCUGGACACGUACUGGGCGCUUGCAUGUUCCUCAUCGAGAUCGCAGGACUCAGGAUCUUGUACACGGGGGACUUUAGCCGAGAAGAGGACCGCCACCUCGUGCAGGCAGAGGUACCACCUGUGCGACCAGACGUGCUCAUCAGCGAGAGCACCUACGGUGUUCAGAGCCUCGAGCCGCGGCUAGAGAAGGAAGAGCGCUUUACCAACUCGGUCCAUCAGAUUGUCCAGCGGGGUGGGAGAGUAUUGCUUCCCGUCUUUGUCCUGGGAAGGGCACAAGAGCUGCUACUGCUCCUCGACGAGUACUGGUCUCAGCAUCCGGAGCUGCACUCGAUUCCCAUCUACUACGCCUCCUCGCUUGCGCGCAAGUGCAUCAGCAUUUACCAGACAUACAUCCACACGAUGAACGAGCACAUUCGCUCGCGCUUCAAUCGCCGCGACAAUCCUUUCGUCUUCAAGCACGUCUCCAAUCUGAGGAGUCUGGAGAAGUUCGAGGACAAGGGGCCCUGCGUCAUGAUGGCCAGUCCAGGCUUUAUGCAGAGUGGCGUGAGUCGACAGCUGUUGGAGCGAUGGGCGCCUGACCGGCGAAAUGGCCUCAUCGUGACGGGCUACUCGGUCGAAGGAACCAUGGCUCGCAACGUCAUCAAGGAGCCCGAUGAGAUCCUCUCGCUGGCUGGGCAGAAGAUUCCCUUACGAAUGUCGGUCGACUACAUAUCCUUCUCUGCCCAUGUCGACUUUACGCAGAAUUCACGCUUCAUUGAUGAGGUCAAGGCGCAACAUAUUGUGCUCGUCCACGGCGAGCAGAGCGCUAUGAACAGGCUCAAAGUCGCUCUACAGAAUCGCUUUGCCAAUCGAAACGAGGACGUCAAGGUACACACCCCAAGGAAUUGCGAGGUGCUCAAGAUCAAGUUCAAAGGAGAGCGCAUGGCAAAAGCCAUCGGUUCAAUCGCAGAGAAGCCGCCGAAACCUGACUCGUUCCUAGACGGCCUCCUGAUCUCAAAGGAUUUUGCCUACACCAUUCUCGACCCUAAGGACUUGGCUGACUUCACUGGUCUCAAUAUGUCAACGAUCAUCCAACGCCAGCGCAUCUCGCUCCAUGUGGCCUGGUCACUUGCGCGGUGGCAUCUCGAAGGCAUGUACGGACGAAUCGCUGAGGGUGUCGAUCUCGAAGGUCGGCGGACGAUGCGCAUCAUGGAUGUGCUCGAUAUCAAGCAGAGCGCCACAACGAGGCAUGAACUUGUCCUCGAGUGGGCGAGCAGCGUGGCAAAUGACAUGAUUGCCGAUUCCGCCGUCGCGCUUUUGCUUGGCAUCGAUUCGAGCCCGGCCUCGGUCAAAAUAACCUCACAGGGCCACUCUCAUGAGCAUGAGAAUGGCCACAACGAGUCGGCCGGAGACGAUCAACGGCUGUCCAGUGACCAUCCUCACUGCUCACGAUCCUCUACGGCCUCACUCACGAGAGUUGAGCAGCUCGUCGCAUUCCUUGAGGCUCACUUUGGCGAAGUAGAGGAGGUCAUGGUGGGAAAGGAUGACACUUCAGACGACGCGGAGAUGGAAGAACCCAAGCAACAGCAAGAGGUGAAGCAGGAACAAGAAGGCGAGAUCACCGUCAAAAAGGAAGAGGACGGCGACGAAGUCAUGUCUCGCGAGGAAGGGGAGAGGAGCAACGAUACCUCGGUGCCUGCACCGAUGCAAGAAGACACACCGCUGCCAUCGAUCGAGUCUACCAUCACAGGUCCACCAAGACUGGCUCUGAGAGUCACUCUGGAUCGUGACAGCGCCAUCCUUGAGCCGGAGUCGUUGACCGUCUUCUCGAGGUCGAUCGCUCUGCAAGCAAGGGUCGAGCACCUUGCAAAGCUUGCAGUCCAAGCUCAAGCCCCCAUCGCAGAUUCAUUCUUGCUCGAACCCGCCAUCACAGCUGAGCUGUUCCAAGGAGGUCAUGUGCCACCCAUCGAGCCGGCGUCUUCAUCACAAGCACUUUCUGUACCAUAGCAACCCCUCUUUAGAAUCUACAUCAGCCUUCACGGAACAUGACCUCACCACGUCCUCAGUCAUGAACAUCUCU